CCCAUCUCUAAGACACCAAUUUUAGAAAGUUGUCUCUUUUCUCAAAUAAAUAUCAAAUCAAUCCCAACCCCAUUUUUCUCAUUCAUUAUCUUACAUUAAAAUACAAACCAUUAUACCAAAUGUCGAUCUCUGAAAUUUCAUCAAUUUCACCAAAUUCAUUGACUGAGGUUUCCGUGUCGGAAUCGGUUUCUUCACGCAGAAUUCAAUUGGUAUCCAAAUCAGUUUCUGAAAGAUUACUUUUCAAAUUUUCAGAUGUUUCAGAAUUCAACUUCGAUUAUUCACGAAGUGGAUUAUGGUCUCCUCCAAUUCAAAGAAACGUGUUUAUGAACUCGCCGGGAAUGAUUUUUACAGAACACGACAUGGCGGCGAAGUUGAGAAGCGCAUUGGAAACACAUCCUCGGAGAAGAAGAUCUCGGCUUUCUUCUUCUUUUAAUGCAUGCUUGUGUUCUCCAAAGAGAUGCUGAUGCUUAUGAUCCUUGUAACAUUUUAUGGUUGCAUUUUAUGUAAAUUCUCUAUG